AUGGGCUCCAACAAACCCCGCGGAUUGCAAGCCGCGCGCAAGCUGCGCAACGACCGCCGCGAGAAUCGCUGGGCAGACAAGGCGUACAAAAAGCGUGCCCUGGGCAACAUCUAUAAGACCUCCCCCACAGGAGGGUCGUCGCACGCAAAGGGCAUCGUCCUGGAAAAGAUUGGGGUUGAGGCCAAACAGCCCAACUCGGCUAUCCGGAAGUGUGUCCGUGUCCAGUUGAUCAAGAAUGGAAAGAAGGUGACUGCGUUCGUGCCGAAUGAUGGUUGCUUGAACUUCGUCGACGACAACGAUGAGGUCCUGAUUUCUGGUUUCGGUCGCCGGGGUAAGGCCAAGGGUGAUAUUCCGGGUGUCCGAUUCAAGGUCGUCAAGGUCUCUGGUGUUGGUCUGCUUGCGCUCUGGAAGGAGAAGAAGGAAAAGCCCAGGUCAUGAGCACUCCACUUCCUUGGACUUCCUCUUGUCGAUACAAUCGCUCAUGUCCGCCUCCGCUCUCAUUGGUAUCACAUGCACUUGUACUAUCUAUGCGACGCUAUGCCCCUGCUAAUGAACCAUAUGCCAAGCCAAAAAGCGGUUAGUACUUGCAGUGGGAUGCCUUUCUCCAUGGCCCAAAUGCGCUGCAAGGACUUCUGGCCAUUGCACGGUGCUUCACACCACUGUCUUCCAUAGUUCAAUCGACUGUGUGAAGAGUCCAGGCAAACGCAGGUCCUGCAUGCUUUUCCGGCAUGUCGUACCGUAGUGCAAACAGUAGUGUCCUAUGUUGUCGGGAUUAACCAAUAGGAACUGGAAGAUUCGCGACCUUCUGGCUUCGUCAAUCCUACUGGUACCGAAAG